CGCCGGCGGGGACCGGAGCGGGAGGCGAGGCGGAGCCUCGGUGGUCUCGGACGUUCUUUCUUGAGCGGCCGCCGUCCGCCUGCGGCUCGCGCUCUCUGGUCCCGGCCGCCCCGGCCGCCACUUCCGGCCGCUCACCUGGGACGCGCUCCCCUGCCCCCGGGCGCGCGGGCUCCAGGAUGAAAGACCGGCUGGAGCAGCUGAAGGCCGAGCGGCUGACAGAGGAUGACGAUGCUUACGAGGUCGAGAUUGCUAUUGACAACACAGCUUUCAUGGAUGAGUUCUUUUCUGAGAUUGAGGAAACUCGGCUCAACAUUGACAAGAUUUCAGAGCAUGUGGAGGAAGCGAAGAAACUCUACAGCAUCAUUCUCUCUGCACCCAUUCCAGAGCCAAAAACCAAGGAUGACCUAGAGCAGCUCACGACUGAGAUCAAGAAAAGGGCCAACAAAGUCCGAAACAAGCUGAAGAGUAAGAAGGGGAUGCUGCCAGAGAGUAGGCUAUGUGGUAGCCAAGCAAGGGUUCUACAGCAGUUAAGGACAUUCGCCUCCCUUAUGGGCUUACACUGUACAUUGUUCCCACAGCACUCUGUCCUCUCCCGGAAGUUUGUGGAGGUGAUGACCAAAUACAAUGAGGCUCAGGUGGACUUCCGAGAACGCAGCAAAGGGAGAAUCCAGCGACAACUCGAAAUUACCGGCAAAAAGACAACAGAUGAGGAGCUGGAGGAGAUGUUGGAAAGUGGAAACCCUGCCAUCUUCACUUCUGGGAUCAUCGACUCCCAGAUUUCCAGGCAAGCCCUCAGUGAGAUCGAGGGACGGCACAAGGACAUUGUGAGGCUGGAGAGCAGCAUCAAGGAGCUUCACGACAUGUUUAUGGACAUCGCCAUGCUGGUGGAGAAUCAGGGUGAGAUGUUAGAUAACAUAGAGUUGAACGUCAUGCACACAGUGGACCAUGUGGAGAAGGCCCGGGAUGAGACUAAAAAAGCGGUGAAAUACCAGAGUCAGGCCCGCAAGAAAUUGAUAAUUAUCAUUGUGGUAGUGGUUGUGUUGCUGGGCAUUUUAGCGUUGAUUAUUGGACUUUCCGUUGGGCUGAAAUAAGGGUGGCCCGUGAGGCUGCUGCACUGAAAUAACCUGAUUUUACUCCAACCUGGGGUGGCCUCCCUUGUCUUCAGAUGGGAUUGGAGUUUGAAUGGCCUUCCUGAGAGCGAGUGGGACCCAUUCCUUUGUUUCCUUGUAACCAUCCUUGGACCUGAUCCAGCCAACAAUAUAGCCCUGGAGGAAUCUAAUCUGCCUGAUGGCAACCCUGAGUUCCCAAAACCUUCUCCUGCCCCACCAGCUCUGAAGUACCUUCUCUCCUGGACUGUGUGGACCAACCCAGCUUCUCUUUCCUCCCUCUGGUGUCAAAUUAGGCAUUGCACCUUGGAAAUCCUUCUAAGGUGCUGUUAUUUUCUACCUCAUGGAGCGUUCUCCUAGAAAUUGUAAUACAUAUGUAUUUUUAGGGGAGUAUCUUUAACAAGGGAUUCUUCCAAGUUUUUGGCAAUCGUAAGGCUUCGAACUGAGUCUUCUGCCUGGCAGGGCAUCAAUCCUCACAGUUUGUUGUCCCUAUGUCCUGAAAACAUGAGGGUCUGACAGAUGUCAUGUUGGUCUGAGAAGCUGACUUGAGAUUCAGUCUUAAACUCUUUGUAUGUUCAGCUUGGGGGCCAACUUCAAACUCUGCCUAUAUUGUGUUCUCAUGUUUACUCAAGGAGGGACCAGGAUGAUUCAGUCAUCUGAGGUUACCAUCUGCAAAGGCUGAGGGCGUGGGAUAUUUGUUUCCAUGUCUGAGGCUUGGAAACAGGCUGUUCACUGUUAAGAGCAAUGCUUUGUGAAGCCAUUGCCUUGAGGCCAAAAAUAACCAGGGACUUAAAAUUGGGCCACGGCAAGGUGCUUGCAUCUCAGGCUCUGGGAAUGUUUCGUCAGACUGGUGCAAGCAUUCAGUCACUCAUUUCAUGUGUUCCAGAUGUAUUUUUAUAAUCGUGUGUGGGUGAGACAGAUGUCCUUAUAUAUGCAUGUGUCCCUCAGAAAGUGGGAAACUGGAAGUGGAGGAUAUUAUGACCUCAAAAAAAUAACCCUGAGCUAGGCUAAAAAUAAGGUAAGGGAUAUUUGCUUACCUGCAAAUGAACCACAGUAGAAAUUCAAUCUUCCCACGUCAUCAAGAAACCUAUUUCCUGAAUGAGUACUAGAAGAAUCAUAAAUCUUUGGGACAAGGACUUAAUUGAUCCCCGUUAAGUUGUUCUGCUUAGCAGACAGAAGGUGUGAUGUGUUUUGACACCUCUCCCCACCUUGCCCUGAGAACAUCCCACAGCAAUUUGGUAUCAUCCAAGUGAUUUAUGGGAUGUCCUGUCUCCAGGGCUGAGUCAGCUAGGGGAGACCAAAGACUGCUAACUAGCUGUUCCUGCUACCAGGCUAAUGAGCUUGACAGGUUCUUUGCCUCCCCUAAUUCAUACUGUGGAGGAAGCAACAGCCUUGGGAAUUUUCUGGUGACUCUGCUGACCCAGUGGUAAGCCCCUUAGAUUCCCUGCUGGUCUCUAGCAGUCUCCCUGAUUUUGAGUAUCAGGUAUAUUUCAGCUUUGACUUUAAUGGCUUUCUAGGAUAUGGUGAGCAUCCUAAUCCAGGCACUGCCCAUUAGCCUCCUUUGCAAGAUCUACUUAAUUUCCAGUCAUCACCCAGUAUUCAGACAGAGCUGAGGGACUGCCCUUCUUGCUCAUGGCUAUGAUGUCAGACAGGGGAUUGGCUCUAGCAACAAGGACCAACUCUAAUCACAGGCCUUUGCUCUCCUCUGAGAUCAAGGCCCAGGGCUUAUGUUUUGGAAUACAACAUGUGAAAGAUUUUGUUUGUAUUUUUUUUAAAAAAAUGUAAACUUGAUUAUUUUAUUUCUAAUUUAAAAAUAAAUGACUUUAUGUUGAUCAUGAAACAGUUCUGGCUCUAUCUCCCUGCAAAAUACGUAGUGUUUGGAUGCCUCCAUGUGUGAUUUUGGAUGGGGAUUCAAAUUUUUUUAACCAUGUACUGGACCGGACAGGUUAAAAGUUGUCUAAUCUUUGAAAAUGGUCAUAACUCUCAGAGAAUGCAAUGUGAUGUUAUUUGAGUUUCAGAUUUGAGGUGCUCCCCUCGAAUUCAGUUCAUUCCCUAAGGGUCUUUGGCUCUAGAGGGAAAUGGGAGGGAUCUGUUGUUAUGGUACCUGGGAAGACAGACGACAUACUUAACAUUCUCUGAGGGUCCUGCUGAUCUACCUUCUCAGUCUCUCAUCUGGAGGUAACAUUCCCGUUAACAUUCUGGGUUUUAGUAGCCAGAUCCAUCUCCUCUUUCCUCCUUGUGUUCCCUUGUCCUUCAUAUCCUCUUCCUUGUCCAGAUCCACCUUUUGUUUCCCUUCUUUUGGAACUCUGAUUUGCGCAGUGAUGUUGUUUCUCACGUGCUUUUUCUUUCCUUGUCUGGAUGAGCAGAAGAAGAUCAUGAUCAUGAUCUGCUGUGUUAUCCUUGUGAUCAUCUUAGCUUCUACCAUUGGGGGCAUAUUUGCCUGAAAAAGGUGAGCCAUCAAUGGGGAGGGUUGAGCCCACUAUUACUUAUUUGAAACUCUCAUGUCCUAGGGUGUCUGGUGGGAAUAGGUGCUGGGAUAAAGGUUGGAGAAAGUUAAGGAAAGGAUAUUUCAGAGAAAAACGAGUGAAGAAUGAGUUGGUAGCAAGUAGACGGAGACAAAAGAUGGCAGUCUGUCCCAUUACCAGGUCUGCUAGCAGAAUGCUUUGUACAGGCCAAGGAUGUCGAUGUCCUACUGCAAAAUUUGGGCCUUGGUAUCUGGGAAUGGCAAAAGGAGAAAUAGUUCUUGCAUUAGAAGCACCCUGAA